UUAUGUCAGAAUGGUUGGUGCAAUUCAUUAGCUGAGUUGUCAUCUCGACCUGCUCUACUACAUCCGUGAGUCUUUCACUGUGCUUAAGCAGCUGGUCCCUCUGUUCCUGUCACUCUGUGCCCUUAUUCGAAGACUCUCUACUGGGAAGAAAAUCCUGCAGCUGAGGAAACGGCUGCUGCCACAUGAACUCCUCCUUUUGCUCUGGGGAAAUUGAGAGGCAAGAGCAAAGAGAAACAGCUGGCGAUUUAUGAAACAACCCUCCCUACCACCAGUUUUUAUAUUUUAUGUGGGCUCUUUUUAUGGGAAAAAUAUGGAACUUUGCUCAAGGGUGGGGUGAUGGUAAUGCUAUUUUUUACAGUUUGGGCAUGAAUAAGAAGAUGCCAUGUUAUGAAGGCACCUAGGCAAAAAAUGAAAAUAGCAGUCUUGCCCAAGGGAAAGAUAUAGAAUUUCUGAACUUUCUGAGAGCUUCUGAUUGGCCACUGUAAGAAAUAGGAUGCUGGACUGGAUAGGCCCUCAGUGUGGUCUGGCAGGGCCUUAACAACAUAUAGACUUAAUGUGGAUCGGGGCAACUAGGACUUUUCCACUGAGAAUGGCCAAGCUUCUCAAAAGAAAAGCAGACUUGAUAAAUGAAAAGAUAUGUGGACUAACCCAGAGUCAUUUCUUAUACUCCCCAGAUGUUUUGGGCAACAGCUUCCAGUAUUCCUGACCAUUGGUCAUCUUGACAGGAUCUGAAAAGAUAGGAUGUCCAAACCAUUUGGAUGUCACCGUGUUGGGAAAGUCUGCCUUACCCCAUCCCUCUAUUUCCCCAGACUCCCAAAUUCCUCAACAGAAUUGAAUAUGAUAGAAUGUAAAUCAUCAUGGUUAUUCCAGUCUGGCCAAGGAAUCCUUAAUUCUGGGAAUUCAAUAGGCUGAGCACAGGGCCUCUUUUCAGCUUUGGCAGAAGAGCAAGCUCCUGUUCUAGGAUUCCACCUUUAGCUAAUCCAGGCAUCUACAGCUAAACACCUGGAGGCUGAAGAACUAUCCUACUCAAAAAGAAAAAAAAAGCCAUGGAGCAAUGCCCAGUUCAAGAUAAAGCCAUCCAGACUGAGCCAAUCCACUCUUCCUCCUGCUUUUCCACCUCCACUCCCUUCCAGUAGGCAGACAGAGUUCCAUCACCACUCAGUACACUCUGUCCUGUUUGGGCUGUUCUAAGUUUUUCCCCACUUUAAGGGUUUUUUCCUUAAAGUUUUGUUUUUUACUUUUGCAAACUUUGGGUUCCCUGCAAACCUGCUGACACAGUCACAUGUGUGCAUGGUUCUACUUUGGUUUCAUAAGGAUUUACAUGCACCCCAAACAUUGAAAAUAAAAACUGGUUCUAAAGGGGAACUCCACUAAUCACACCUAAGUUUUCUCACUGCUAGCAUAGGGAAGCUACUGGAAUCUGCUAGACUGAGUAAAGUGCUAAAAUUCUUUGAAGAUGUGGCUUAAAGAUCAACAGGUGCCAGCACUCUCAAGCAUCAUAGCCAAAACUAUUUUUAGGGUAGCCAUGUGUCCUCUUUUAUACAGAACAGUACCCUGUUCAAAGCACUGCCAGAGGAAUGCAUUCUGUCCCUCCCAAAUCAGUUUUAAUGAUAAAGAACUUAAGGGAGCAGUCCUACAGCCCUUGGAAGCCUCUGAGGACCCACAAAACAUUUCCAUUUGCUUGCUCCAUGGCAGGAGAGAGUGCUCUGGGCUCUUUUAUGAGACCUGGAGCUCUGACAGCCGCACUUGGUAUUGGGCAUAAAAAGAACUGCACCAACUGCUUCUCCAAAUGCUUUCUCUAGAUGGGCCAAAAAUCCCAUCUAGAAAAAUGCAAGGGAGGUGUACAGGGAGGCAAAAGACACAACCCUUAGGAUCAAGGAUGCAACCCAAAGGAUUGUGCCCAUAAUACCUGUUACCCAUCAUCAGAUAGCACUUGAAUACCGGGCACACAGGUCACCUGGUUGCAGUCCUCCACUCUAAAGUAAGAUGCUCAGUAUUGCUAUAUUACUGUGUGAUUUUUUUUUCUGUGCACAUGAAUUACAUGCAGAUUCACAUCCUUUGUCCUACUACUAAGUGAUGCAUUUCCUUUUUCAAAAAUCAAGUUGUAAGUGGAUGUCCUAUCUAAAGAGUUGUGGCUACAUUUCCUCUUUUGUAUCAAAUUGCUACCCAACCCAGAACAUAACGUUGGUCCUCUAGGGUUUUGCAACAGACUUCCUUGGCUGAGUAUCUUUUUGAUUGCUACAGCCUCCUCACAAGGGUGUCUUUUGAGAAGACCUCUGAGCUUGUUCUUAUUUAUUAUAUUUCUAAAAUUACACCCUAUCCUUCAAUGGCCAAUUGCCAUUCUCAGUUUAAAUUUCCAUACCCUUCAUAAUUGUAUCAUGCAAGGUGGGUAGUGAGUUCUUCCUCCCUGCAAGACAAGCUACACAUGCAUCCAUUCACACAUUGGGAGUGUUUUAUGACACCAGCAUGACAAUCCACACUGCUGUAUGAGCCACAGGGCCAAGCUGAUGUGCCCAACACGACUGGGCACUUUGCAGGAGCUUGCAUGCCUCCUUCCCCCUUGGUCCUCCUGCAGGGGACCUUGUGGCAGCAGCAAGGUUUCCUGGCCCCAUUGCUGCAGGGAUCCCAGAAGGCCUUGACACAGCAACAUGGGAGGGGCAAAAGUGGAGCAGGAGUCUUUCCCCUGUGCUGCUGGUGGAAACUAAAAGGGCUAAUGGCAGUAGAACAGGGCAGGGAAGCAGCCAUCAGUUUGCCUGAACUGCUCUCUGCCCCGUGGUGUAAUUGAGAGGUUGAGAGGAUUUGCAGUGGCAACAAGGGAGCCAGGAUUGCUGCUCCCAAAUUAAGAGGUGUCACCAGUGAUUACUUCUGUAUGGUAGAUCCAAAAAGCUUUGUCACAUUUGCAGGCAGCAGGGGAAACCCCUGACAGCUGCUCUCAAGUGCCACUUGGACACAUUGGAGGUAGUCAUCACCUAGUUAUUAUUAUUAUUAUAACAUUUCUAUGCCGCCCUUUGCCGAAACCUCGGGGUGGCUUACAACAUGAUAAAAUAGUUGGUAAGUGACAGUUUCAGAAGCAGUUCAGAAGAGGAAGCAGUUUCAGUCAGUUAUUCAGCUGAACCAACCUCCUUUUCCUCCACUGCCAGUCCAAAACAGCAGGAGUGCCAGGGAACUGGGGGUUGCUAGCAGCAGUGAAUAGGAUAAACUUUUGCCUCUGGAGCACUUUGGGGCAGCUGUCGGAGGUGCCUCCUAGCUAGCCAGUUGACAAGAGCAGCAAGGGGGCUUUAUUCCUCUGGCCAAGUACUAAUUGGGUUUAACCCAUGAUAGAUCAUGUCAUCAAGAUUCAGACAACAAGGCAACCCAUCCCAGUUCAGGCAGCACCAACUACAAGGUCAUGGGUUCUCAGAGUGGCUUAUAAGCCAAAAAUAAGCCACUCUAACAAACCUGUUCUGGGUUUGCAUGACAUGACACCCACUGUGACUUGUAAACCUUGGUGGGUUGUCAUGUCAUAUGCACCCAGGCACUGUCUACUUUACAAUUAUAAAAGUAUGGGAGCUUUAUCUUCCGUUGAUUCUAGACAGAGGGGUUGAGAGGAGGAUGAGCUAAGGAUAAAAGUAAAGAGCAAUUGCAGCAGUGGUUGAGAGAGGUGUUGGAGACAGAGAAGUUAAAAUAUGAGGGGGGAAAUCCAGAAAGUGGGAAAAAACAUGCAAGAAAAAGGCAGCAUUAAGGACAGCCUUGUCAGACCAGCAGCGUUAACUGAUCUCCCACUAAAUAAUUAAAGUUACCCUUUAAGACUGCCAAAAUGAUUUAUUUUGGAUAUAUAUGAUGGCAGGGUGUUUAGCAAAGUUUCAGUUGUUAUUAGUGGUACUGAUCUCUGCAAUAGAACUUAUGAAACCAGCUUCUUUCUACUUCCCCCUAAUAUUUGUUAUUAGAUGCAAGGCAACUCAAGUUUAGACAGAAAAUAUUCUGCAACUCCUAGCCAGGCAUUCUGGUUGUGCGACUUUUUCUCUCUAACAGGAAUAGUGAAGUAUAAUACACUGAUUAUGAUAAGUUGAUGGACUCAAAUUUGCUGGACUGAACUGACAAAGAGAGUUUCCUUGAGAGGGCAGCAAACUACAAGCAAUGAUUUCAAUACGAAAUGUAUGUAGCCUUUGAGUUCACCAGGAUGUGUAUAAAGGAAGGCCUCUUAUGUAAGAGGGUCUUGUGACCAAACCAAUGUGACCAGAUAGCCUAGCGCACCACCAGCAGAAGAAUAAUCCUCUUAUGAGUUGUACAACAAAUGUCUGCCAAGGCCUCCAAGGACAUGCAAACAAUGACAGAGCUGCUUGAUCAGGCCGAGGACAGUCUGCUUGAAUGCAAAGUGUGCUUUGAAAAAUACAACCAGCAGAAAAAACACCGGCCAAGGAACUUGCCAUGUGGACACGUGAUAUGCCUGGAAUGUGUCAUGUCUCUGGCCCAUCCCCGGAAUUUGAAGCUGGAGUGCCCUUUCUGUCGUGAAGUUUGCAAAUCGUCCGAGACAAGUGACUGCUUGCCACUGUUGCACCUGAUGGAAAUCUUGAGUCCUUCAGCCAAUAACACUCCAGUUUUGGGAAGGACAAUUGGGAUAGGUGAGGAUGUGGCUAUACCAGCAUCUCAGAGCUUCGUGUUUCGACUCUCCUUUGGAGGAUGGGGAGCACUGAUCAAUCCAACAGGGAUGGCUGUUUGCCAAAGAACUGGCUGUGUAGCAGUGGCUCAUGAUGGCAAGAAGAGGAUCAAGCUGUUCACUUUCAAUGGGGACUGUUUACAGCAGUUUGGAGAAAGAGGACAGGCAGGAAAUGACAUCAGGUACCCAACAGACAUCACAAUUACACUGGACGGUCAUAUUGUUGUCACAGACAGUGGGGAUCGUUCUGUGAAAGUCUUUGAUUUUAAUGGCAGAGGGAAGCUGCUCAUCUCAGAGUCCUUUUCUUUACCCUGGGGUCUGGAUACAACACCUCAGAAUGAUCUUAUCAUGACUGAUUCAGAGGCAGGUACUUUAUAUCGCUUGACAGCAGACUUUAAAAAGGGGGAAUUAAAGGAAGUGACAAAAUUGUAUUCUAACUUGUGCAAUCCAAGAAAAGUAGCUGUUUCUCAGGCCUCAGGAGCACUCGCAGUCAUAGAACAUCUGAUGGCAAAAGAACCAAACUAUGACAGCACCAGAGUGAAAAUAUUCAGUGCAGAUCUGCAGCUCAUUAGUCAAGUAGACAGUUUUGGCUUGAAUCUGGUCUUUCCUUCCAAAAUUUAUGCCAGUGAUGUGACCUUCAGCAGGGAAGGUCAUAUAAUGGUAACUGACACCCACAAUCAAACAGUACUCUGCCUGGGAAAACCAGAAGAAUUUCCUGUGUGUAGACCCAUCAUUACCAGUGGUCUUUCUUAUCCAUUGGCAUUAACUUACACAGCAGAUAAUUCUCUGAUUGUCUUGGAUGGUGGAGAUCAUUCCUUAAAAGUAUAUACUUGUAGCUGAAGCACUUUGAAGGUGCUUUCACAGAGCCGGGGGAAAGUGAUUUGGUCCAUAGCUUACACCAUGGGUCCUCAAACUAUGGCCCACAGGCCAAAUCCAGCCCACCAUGCCCAUUUAACCGGCCCGCCCCAGAGGUUUUGCACUCGUCGCGUGUGUGCGCACAGCUUGCUCAUGCGGAGAUCGUUUUGGACUUGCUCGGAGAAAACGAUCUCCGUGUGAGCAAGCUGCUGCUUCGCCCAGUGCCCUCCACCCCCACUCGCCGUGUGUGUCCCCCCCAUCCCUGCCUCGCCAUGCACACACUCCCCACCCCCUCACCGGCCUGCGCUCCCCCACUGGCACCUCCUUGGCGCCCUGCACCCACUGCCAGCACCUUUCAACUGCCCCCCUGUUGAAAAAGUUUGAGGAGCCCGGCUUACACAAAGAGUACAUGGAAGCUCUUCGUGCAUAACUGUCCAAGUCCUGGGACAGAAGUAAACAAGCCAGAUGUUGUCACCUACAAUUCCCAUUAUCCCUCAUCAUAGGCUAUGUUGGCUAGGGCUAAUGGGAGUUGUGGGGGACCAGUUGCUGACCCCUGCCCAGCAGGACUAGCUGUCACGAAUCUUCUCCACGUUCAAGUUCUGCUGAUGUGAUACAGACUUGAAGCUGUAUCCUGGGAGUAUCAUUUAUUUAUUUAUUUAUUUAUUUAAGCCUUUUAUAGACUAUCCAUCUACUGGUGUCUCAGGAUGGUUUACAACAAAGCAACAGGUAAAAAUAGGGCACAGCAUCCAAUAGUUAGCUAUUAUAAACACCACAUUAAAAACAAUGGGUAGUCAGAUGUGGAGUAAGCCCCACUGGGGUAUUUUUGAGUUCAUUUGUGCAGGAUUACCCUGUAUAUUCACUCUUCCCACAGGAAUUUCUCCUGUAGGAUAUUAUGCAGGCUGUAUAUGAAUACAGUAUUUUUCUCUUGUAGGAUAUCGUGCAGGUUGCGUAUGAACACCGAAUACAACACAGAACUCUAGUACUUUCUGUGUUGGGUUCUCGACAGUUUCAGUUUCUCUUGACUUCCAUGAAAUCAUCCCUUGAGCCAGAUUGUAUCCCCCUCUCUCCCUUGCUGAAACAGUUUUAGGAGAAGAGAUAACAUGCAAGUUGGUAAAAGGUCCCAAUGUAUGAAAAUGUAUGGGUCUCUAGGAACUGACCUAAGAAAUGCCAGCCUGGGACAGCAGCAUUAAUCAGUGCUGCUACACUUUACUAGAUGUGUUGCAAUGCCAUCAUGCAAAACAUUUAAUUGGAGCAAAACCAGUCCAAAAAGGGGCUUGUUUAGGGUGGUGAAGGCAUAGGGAUGACUCACUUUCAUGCUAUUAUACCAGCUUUAUUCACACACCCCAUGGAGCUAGUUAAACUAGUGCAAACCUGCCUAUGCCUAGAACAUCGAGUGAAGCAUUUUCAAGAAUGCUCCACUGGGCAUGCAUUUUACAGAACAGAACUGCUUCAUUUGUUUCACCCUGGAUUUCUCCAACUUCUAAUGACCAUUGCUACCUGCACUGUAAAAGGAUUGCCUGUUUGGUUAUACUAAUAAAUGUAUUAAUUAAUUAAAUUAAAAUUAAAAGCAGCCACAAUUUUAA